GUUCGUUCGAGUCACAGCCAAGAUUCUGCUGAUCUGACUUACAUCUUACUGUCCUUAUCACCAUCAACUCUGCGGAUACAUGCGCCCAUCUUCAACAUUGCUUUGAGGUUCUCAACUCGAGGUCCAGCGCUCUUCCCGUAGACGCUCCUCUUCUUUUCUAUCCCAUUCUUCAUCUUCUCAGUUUUCGCAUCGAUACCAUACAUACCCCCUCGCUAUGGCACAUGUGAGAAGCUUCAUCCCGUCUCUCGACGCCGUCAGAGAGCUCCUCAACAAGCCCCUCAAGAGCGGCGCAAAGAAGCCCACGCUCGUGCCCGUCUAUCGCCAAAUCAGCUCCGACCUCAUCACCCCCUCCGCCGCCUACCUCAAGGUCUCGGCGCACGCAAAGUCCACCUCCUCCGCCUCCUCCACAUAUUCAUUCCUCUUCGAAUCGGCCGCCACCGAGCAGGUCGGCCGGUACAGCUUCGUCGGCGCCAACCCGCGCAAGAUCCUCACCACCGGCCCGCUACACGGCGACGAGAAGGAUCCGCUGCCGGCCCUUGAGGAGGAGCUAGCCGACCAUGUUGUCGCACACGUUCCGGGCUUGAGGCUGCCUCCCAUGGCGGGAGGAGCCGUUGGCUAUGUUGGAUAUGACUGCGUGCGAUACUUUGAGCCCAAGACCGCACGGCCGAUGGAGGACGUCUUGAAGAUUCCCGAGUCUCUCUUCAUGCUGUACGACACAAUUGUGGCCUUUGACAAGUUUUACGGCAUCAUCAAGGUCAUUAGCUACGUCAAGGUUCCGGCGGACGGACAGACAGGCCUGGAAGCGGCGUACGACGAUGCAAAGAAGACAAUCGACGAACUGAUAAACGUCCUCAACAGCCCCGAGAUCCCCCUGCCCGAGCAAGGCCCCAUCACGCUGGGCCAGGAGUACAAGUCCAACAUUGGCCGCGAGGGCUACGAAGGCCAUGUCACCAAGCUAAAAGAGCACAUCGUCAUCGGCGACAUCAUCCAGGCCGUCCCCUCGCAGCGCUUCGCCCGCCCUACCAACCUCCACCCCUUCAACAUCUACCGACACCUGCGGACCGUCAACCCGUCGCCGUACAUGUUCUACAUCGACUGCCAGGACUUCCAGAUCGUCGGCGCCUCUCCCGAGCUGCUGGUCAAGUCUGAGGCAGGCAGGAUAAUCACCCACCCCAUUGCCGGAACGGUCAAGCGAGGCCCAACACCAGAGGAGGACGAGCGGCUGGCCAACGAGCUGCGCAACUCCCUCAAGGACCGCGCCGAGCACGUCAUGCUCGUCGACCUCGCCCGCAACGACGUCAACCGCGUAGGCGACCCAUUCACCGUCCGCGUCGACCGCCUCAUGGUCGUCGAGAAAUUCAGCCACGUCCAGCACCUCGUCUCCCAGGUCUCCGGCGUCCUGCGCCCAGGCCAGACCCGGUUCGACGCCUUCCGGUCCAUCUUCCCCGCCGGCACCGUCUCCGGCGCGCCAAAAGUCAAGGCGAUGGAGCUCAUCGCCGAGCUGGAGAAGGAGAAGCGCGGCGUGUAUGCCGGUGCGGUGGGAUACUUUGGCUACGGCGGCGUGGAUGAGAACGGCGAAGACGUUGAGGGUGCCAUGGACACUUGUAUCGCUCUGCGGACCAUGAUGGUCAAGGAGGGCGUGGCGUAUCUCCAAGCAGGUGGCGGUAUCGUAUUCGACUCAGACGAAUACGAAGAGUGGCAAGAAACCAUUAACAAGCUGGGUGCCAACAUGCAGUGCAUCGUCCAGGCCGAGGAGAUAUAUUACGAUCAGCAACAAGGCGCAAAGACGGCAUGAAAAGUUAUUUUAGCAGAAAAGACAAAUAAAAAGGAACAUACAGGUAUAUUAUGCAGCAAGUAGUUUGUAUGCCGUGUGUAUGCGAUCUAGUUAAUACAGUAGCAACAUGGAAGUAUCCUUGCUUAUACCCAUUAAUACGUGUCCUUACAUCAAAUGCUCCUAUCGAUCAAUAUGAGUAGACACAGUCACAUAGGUUUAAUCACAAAUAUGC